GCAUGCGCAAAAAAGAGAGUUCGUCACCGUCUGCUUCUACCAUCAACCUUUUCUUUCGCUUUCAUCAAGAUGUCGACACACAAGAAGAAGACCAGGAAGCUACGUGGACACGUGAGCCAUGGCCACGGCCGCGUUGGCAAGCACAGGAAGCAUCCUGGUGGUCGUGGUAAUGCGGGUGGUAUGCAUCAUCAUCGAAUAAAUUUUGAUAAAUACCAUCCUGGAUAUUUUGGAAAGCUCGGUAUGAGGAACUAUCAUUUGCGACGUAAUACCAAAUGGUGUCCUGCAAUAAAUUUGGAUAAAUUAUGGACCCUUGUCUCUGAACAAACGAGAUUGAAAUACAAAGACGUCGAAGGCAAAGCACCUGUCAUUGAUCUUGUAAAAGCGGGAUAUUACAAACUCUUGGGAAAAGGACGUCUUCCUAAGCAACCUGUCAUCGUAAAAGCUAAAUUCUUUAGUAAACAGGCUGAAGAUAAGAUCAAGGCAGUUGGUGGCGCGUGCGUCUUGUGUGCGUAAUCAUUAAAUAAACAUUUUUUUAAACAUU